CCUCCUUCGAUCCGUCUUCUUCUACCAUAGACCCUUUCUACUUUCUUUGGGCAUAUCUGCCCUGGUUAGUGCCCUGAUCCAAAGGUCGAACCGUCACUUUCAUGGACGACCAAGUCACUCGCUUGUACUACAUUUUGUAAUUUGAACUCCUCGUAGUCGAGGUAUCAACUCACCAUGAAGGUGAACACCUCAAUACUGCUGAGCCUGCUAGGCCUGGCCUCACACGCCCGGGCUGAUCCGACAUGGCCCUCGGAUAUUGACGAGCUGGAGGAGAUCAUGUAUCAGUCGUUCCAGUUCGGAUCACGACAUUUUGCCGACACCGUCUCUCCCUGCAGCAAGGAGUCAUCGGGGACCGGUCGUCAAACUGCCGCAGAGUGGCUGCGAACCGCUUUUCACGACAUGGCACCGGCCAACGCAGGGAAAGGUGUGGGUGGUUUGGAUGCGUCUAUUCAGUAUGAGCUGUCCAGUACCGGCGAGAAUACUGGCCCUGCCUUUUCGACAACUCUGACCUUCAUGGCACACUACUUGACCCGCAAAAGCAGUAUGUCGGAUCUCAUCGCUCUUGGAGUGUACACUUCAGUCCUGUCGUGCGGCGGUCCCUCAGUUGCAAUUCGAUCCGGACGCAUCGACGCAACCGUAAAAGGGGCACAAGGCGUACCACUACCGAACGAAGUCAUUCAAGUUUUCAACUCAAAGUUUACCCGCAUGGGAUUCAGUCAACAGGAGAUGAUCCAGGCCACAGCCUGCGGCCACACUAUCGGCGGCGUCCACACGGCCGAGAAUCCAACCAUCGUCCCGGAUGGCACAAAUCUGAACGGCUCCGCGCCCAUGGAUAGCUCAAACGGCGUCUUUGACAACAGAGUCGUGACCGAAUAUCUUGAUGGCACCACGCGGAAUCCCCUGGUCAUCAAAAUGGGCACGGCUCGAGCCAGUAACUCCGAUUUCGUCGUCUUCAGCUCCGACCAGAACGCCACUGUGAAGGCCAUGACUGACAACACAGUCUUCAAGUCUACCUGCAAGACUGUCUUCGAGAAGAUGAUCAACACCAUACCUUCCGGCGUUACCCUGACCGAUGCCAUUGCACCUUACACUGUAAAGCCGUCCGCGCUUCAGCUCUCCCUCACUUCGCCCACCGUCAUGGUUCUUACAGGCUAUAUUCGCGUCCGAACUACCGCCAUCACAGGCAUCUCGAGUCUGACGAUCAACUAUAAGAAUCGAAGUGGCGGGUCUACCUGCGGUACUGGCUCCUGUAUCUUCACAAUCACCAUCUCGGGUAUCUCAAAGGGCUUGGAGGACAGCUUCUCCUGGUAUCCCAUCAGGCAGGAGAUUCCUGUCAGCACGGGCAUCUCUUCCUUCACGGUGACGAUCAACAAGAGCGACGGCUCGAGUACGCUGUUUAACAACAACGGUAACGGAUACCCGAUCCAGGACGGCAUCUUUCUCCACACAUCCCAAAGCUGCUUAACGCAGAACUCUGGCGAUGUUACACUUGUUGCCGCAGUUCGCAACGACCGCACCUCUCUCCCGGUUAAAGCAGAGAUCUCGUACAAGACAGCGCGGACGACCAGCGUGGUUCCCUUGCUGGGUAAGAUGACCGUCGACAUGAUCAAGGGCGACUGUGUAGGCAGCUACACCUUUUACUCCGUCACCACGAACAUUCCCGGCGGUGUCAGCUUCGAGUCGACCUUUGACUUCAUCAGUGGAGAGGGCGCGUCCGCCAUGAUUGAUCCGUUCAAGAAGGCCGAUCCUAUCGGUGGGACAUGCGCGAGCUGGACGGGAGGAUCUGCGACAUGCGGUAGCGUCACAGUGUCGUCUACUACGUCCAGCGCCGCUCCGACUGCUACGAUUUCCCACCGACAGACCAUGGGCGGCUAUAAGCUUGUCUCCUGCUGGACCGAAGCCUCUGGUGGCCGAGCUCUCAACGGUCCCGCGUUUGCAUACGAUGGCAUGACCCUCGACAGCUGCAUGUCGAACUGCACUGGUUUCGACUACUGGGGAACCGAGUACGGACGCGAAUGCUAUUGCGGCAACUCUCUGGCUGCCUCUAGCAGUGCCGCUCCCUUGGCCGACUGCAGCAUGCAGUGCUCUGGCGAUUCAACCCAGUACUGCGGAGCCGGCAAUCGUAUUGAGCUGUAUUCGACCACCGCCACUCGCACCAGCAGCUCCACGGCAUCUCCCACGGCUACUCUUUCGCACGUCAGCACCGUCGGCAAGUAUUCGUUCAUCGGCUGCCAGACGGAGGCCGAUGGCGGUCGCGCCCUCUCAGCCACCCAGACUGCUGCGGAUGACAUGACUCUCGAGAAGUGUGCUACUUUUUGCUCUGACUAUACGUUCUUCGGCACUGAGUAUGGGCGUGAAUGCUAUUGUGGCAACAGUCUGGCAGCAACUAGCAAGACUGCGCCCCUGAGCGAGUGUAACAUGAAGUGUGCUGGCAACUCGUUCCAGUACUGCGGUGACGGCAACCGCUUGGAGCUGUACAAAGUCGGUAGUGCCUCGUCUACUUUGGUGUCGACGACGGCUACUUCGACCUCGAGCAGCUCGUCAUCGACAAGCUCUGUCAGUGUUUUAGCGGCGAGUGGAUCAACAUCUUCUACUCUGACAUCUGCUUCUGUUACUUCCAGCAGCUCUUCGACCUCGUCGCAGGUGUCCACUUCAAGUUCGAGCAGUUCUAGUUCCUCUAGCACCAUCUCAUCCUCGAGUAGUGCUGCGUCCUCAUCAAGCACGUCGUCGAGCAUUGCGUCGUCCUCCAGCAGCGCCGUCACUUCAUCAACGGCUUCACCCUCUGCCUCCAGCACAAUCUCGACCUCAACAACCACCUCCCCGACGUUAGCCCACAAGCCCACCGUAUCACCUUACACCCUGGUAGGCUGCUGGACGGAAGGCAACGGCGCCCGUGCCCUGAGCCAGAAGAAUUACGCCUCUGGCGACAACAUGACGCUCGAGUACUGCGCCUCGUACUGCUCAGAGUACAAAUACUUUGGCACAGAAUACAGCAGCGAAUGCUACUGCGGCAACUCUCUCGCCUCGACCAGCGCCGCCGCAAACCUGGCUGACUGUAGCAUGACCUGCAGCGGCAACAAGUACGAAUACUGCGGCGGCGGCAACCGCCUGACACUCUACCAGUCCAACAAACAGGUGACGGGCCCCAGCCAGCCCGCCACGGCCGGGUCCUACGCUUUCCUCGGUUGCCGUACCGAACCUGCUCAGGGUGGACGCGCUC